GCCUCUAGUCGCACAUUAAGCGUUCGGCGCAGCGGUUGUCAAAUGCCGCCUCGGGGCGACAAUAACGUUGAAAACAAUAGCAAGGAUAACAAGGAUGUCGGGCUACUGUUGCUGACAGAUACAUCGGCGGACACAACGAGUCCCACCCCACCGCGUGCAGCGCUGCAAAAGAUUUUCAUUGAUGACCGGACAAAGCGCUGCGAUGCAUCCCGGCUGAAGCGACAGCGUCUAUGGCGUGUGCCCUGGUUCAUAUUGCUGAUGUGCUUUAUGCAGCUAUCUCUGCAUCUGAUUGCCAACGAGUGCAUGCACAGAAGACUGAUCUACAAGCCGGAAUGGAGUCAUGAGUAUUGGCGCCUCAUCAGCUACAUGCUGCUCCACGCCGAUGCCUGGCACUUGACGCUCAACAUUUGUCUGCAGUGCUUCAUUGGUGUCUGCCUCGAACUGGAGCAGGGUCACUGUCGCCUGGCCGUGGUCUAUUUUGCAGGCGGCCUGGCUGGUGCCUUGGCCAAUGCCUGGCUGCAGCCUCAUCUGCUACUCUUGGGCGCAUCCGCUGGCGUCUAUGCCAUGCUCUUCAGUCAUGUGCCACACCUGGUGCUGAACUUCCACCAGUUGUCGCAUCGUUUUGCCCGCAUUGCCGCGCUGCUGAUAUUGUUCCUCAGCGACGUGGGCUUCACGGCGUUUCACUUUCGCCAGCAUCACAAUCGCAAUCCGCGCAUCAGCUUGGAGGCGCAUCUGGGCGGAGGCGUGGCCGGGCUGCUGUGCGGCUUCAUCGUGUAUCGACGUGUGCAGCAAAAGUCCAAUCAAAAAUCGAUUUAUUUGUAGUCUCAAUUAGUUGUAGUCCCUGUGUCAACUGUCUGUCUGUAAUUAUUAUUCUGGGCAAGCCGACCGGAAUUGAAAUUGCAUAAAUAAUUACUGUACUCCCUGUUUGGGCUGUCUCGGCCCCCACACACACUUCUUUUUUUAAGUUUUUUCUUUUGUUUUGGUCGCGCAUAAUUUG